GAAGGGGGCGUGGCGCCAGCGGCCGGCGUGCCGGGGCGCAGUGGUUCCUGCGUGCAAGUGACUCUAGCUUGCAGAUGGCGGAAAUGGACCUGGUCGCGGAGUUGCCGCCACCCGAGGGUGCUGCGCGCUGGGCAGAGGUUAUGGCUCGCUUUGCGGCCAGGCUGGGCGCGCAGGGCCGGCGGGUGGUGCUGGUCACGUCGGGAGGCACCAAGGUCCCCUUGGAAGCGCGAGCCGUGCGCUUUCUGGACAACUUCAGCAGCGGGCGACGCGGGGCAGCGUCGGCCGAAGUCUUCCUGGCCGCGGGUUACGGGGUCCUGUUCUUGUACCGAGCGCGCUCGGCCUUCCCCUAUGCCCACCGCUUCCCGCCCCAGACCUGGCUGUCGGCCCUGCGGCCUUCUGGCCCAGCCCAGUCGGGGAAACUGAGUCUGGAGGCCGAAGAGAAUGCGCUCCCGGGCUUUGCUGCAGCAUUGCAGAGCUACCAGGAGGCAGCUGCUGCUGGCACCUUCCUGGCAGUAGAGUUUACCACUUUGGCGGACUAUCUGCAUCUACUGCAGGCUGCGGCUCUGGCUCUCAACCCACUAGGCUCUUCUGCGAUGUUUUACCUGGCUGCUGCAGUGUCAGAUUUCUAUAUUCCUGUCUCCGAAAUGCCUGAACACAAGAUCCACUCAUCUGGUGGCCCACUGCAGAUAACCAUGAAGAUGGUGCCCAAAAUGCUCUCUCCCCUGGUUAAAGAUUGGGCUCCCAAAGCCUUUAUAGUCUCCUUUAAGCUGGAGACUGACCCCGCCAUCAUCAUUAAUCGUGCUCGGAAUGCCUUGGAGGUUUAUCAGCAUCAAGUGGUGGUGGCCAACCUCCUGGAGUCAAUACAGUCCUCCGUGGUUAUCGUCACCAAAGACUCAGAGACCAAAUUACUGCUGUCGGAGGAUGAAAUCGCCAAAGGCAUGGUGAUAGAGGAGAAGAUAGUGGAGGACCUUCGCUCGCGACACACGGCGUUUAUAUGUGACAAACACUGAAGGAAGUGCUCGCCUAGCAUCCCAACCAGGGCUCUUACAACUGACAGGAAGGAGGAUGAAUCCUUUGCUAAGGAUACAGACAAUGAGGAAACAGUGUGCGGGCAGAUAAUGUCGGUAUUUUGUUGCUGACGGAACCGCUUGACACACUCCUCUUGAUUUGGAAAUGGAACAAGAACUGUUUUUCACUUUUUACAAAGCUGACUGUGAUUUCGUGUUCUUCAGAACUGACGUAGGGGACUUAAACUGCAUGUCGGCCUACUGUACAAUAGAAGGAUUGUGGACGCAUGAGUGGUCAUGCUCUGAAGAUCAGGUAUUUACCAAGUGCCUACCAUGUGCCAGGGCCUGUGUGAGCUUGGAGGGUUUAAAAGAUGAAUAAACAACAUCUCAUUCGGGAACUGGAUGUACAAAAAUUUAAGUGCAAUAAUAAAGUAUGUGCCCACAAACUGA